UUUAGAUUAAGAUGAGUUGCUGCAGCAUUGUUCGAGUAUGCUAAUUUCAUAUUUAAAAUGCAAAAAAUGGUUAGACUUCAUUGAAUUAAUCGGCAACUAUUUUGAUAGUCGGUUUAAGCGGUUCAAGUAGUUUUUAUGGAAAAGAAAAGGUCAAAAUUCUCUGAUUUUAGAGUGAUUUAUUGUGCGAGGGGGGAAUAAUACAGAGCUAUACUGACAGAUAAUCUGAAAGAGCUGUUCUCUACAACAGCGAUGUGCCUGUGUGAAAAUAUAAUAUUAGAAAGCGGAAGUCAUCAGCUUCCUAAUGGGGAGGUAGGCUCUCAGUGUUGAUGUCACUUACAGGGGCUAUAGAGGAUUCCACUCUUUGCUAUAGUACAUUUGUUCAAAUUCAUAUUGUUUGUGUAUGAGUCAAGUGUCGCAGGACAGUUUAUAUGCUGAUUUACAGGUACCUGGAUAUUUUACACCUCCUGUAUCCACAUUAUUUGAGCAUCAGCCGGAUUACACUCUUCUGUCUUUUCUCUGUUGUCUGCCAGGUCAUGGAGGAGAUCAGCAGUGUAGCUGUACUCACCACACACUCCUCCGCUGCAUCCCCUUCCUCCUCCUGUGCUACGUCAGCACUGGAAUCCCCCUCUCAUGGCCAAACCCAGCAGUCCGUGAAGGAGGAGGCCUCCCAGAUUUUUCAACACAAGCAAGCUCCCGAUUCUCUCAUCCAGGUCAUCGAGAAGCUCAGCAAAAUCGUGGAGAAGCGCCCGCAGCGCCGCUGCACCUCGGCGGGACAGAAGAGAGCGGUGCUGCUGGCCUCUUCUGCACUGGGGAGAGGAGGUGAUGACGGGGCGAGGGGGAGCAGAGGAAGCUCUCCCAUUAAGAAAAUAAAGAGGAACUGUAAGGAGCAGGAGAGCGUCGGGGUGGUGAGAUUAGACGGCGGCGCAGCCGACGGCGCUCUCUCUCCACGCGUGCCCGGUGACGGUAACAACAACAACGUCACCUCCACGGUUACGGACGUAUCCGGCAGCCCCAACAGCAGCAACCAGAAGUGGACAGUAACAUGCUAUCAGUGCAGCCUGUGCCCCUAUCUCUCCCAAACGCUGCCGCUGCUGAAAGAGCACCUGAAGCAACACAACGAGCAGCAUAGCGACGUAAUCCUCAUGUGCUCCGAGUGCCGCUUCACCUCCAGAGACCAGGGGCAGCUGGAGACGCAUGUCAGGCUGCACUUGGACAACGGAGGCAACGUGAAGAGGAACUACACUCUGUCGGAAACCUGCAGCGAGGUAAAGGAAGAGGUUUUAGGGAGGCAGGACGGGGACUGGCCUUGGAGCGGCGGCAGUACUGGAAUCGAGGCCGUCCAAAGCUCAGUGGAUGGUUCCAAGGAACUGCCUCAGAAGAAGAAAUGGUAUAGCAACGAGGAGUAUGGAUUGUACCGCUGCCUGAUUUGCAGCUACGUGUGCAGCCAGCAGCGAAUGCUGAAGACCCACGCCUGGAAGCACGCCGGCCUUGUCGACUGCUCUUACCCCAUCUUCGAGGACGAAAGUGGGGCUCCCACCACGAGAGAGGCCUCGGCUGCCUCUAACAAUGCCGCGACCAGAGAGGAAAUAGUUGUUCUUUCCCCGGUCCUUCAAGAUAAGAGCCUGCAAAAGCUUCCCACUAACUUCAAGCUCCAGCUCUGCGUGCCACUGGCUAAACAAGACAUGUUGAAUCACCCCCUUUCUAAUCUCGAUGAAGGUCUGAAAAAGGAAGAGGAGGAACCUGCGUACCCCAUCAAAGACCUGACCUCCGAGGAGCCCUUGGUGGAGGUGCAGGUGACGACGGAGGCGGAGACCGAGGUUGAGAUGGAUAGUCCUCUCGAUGGCACCUCUAUCACGGACAGCCUAUUGUCUUCGGCCCAGAAAAUUAUCAACAGCAGUCCCAACAGCGCCGGCCGCAUCAAUGUGAUCGUGGAACGCCUUCCUUCAGCCGAGGAUUCGGUCAUGGCAACGAACCCGCUUCUUCUCAGCCCAGACGUGGACAGGGACGAGAGCCUACUGGAUGCCGAGGGGCCAGAGCGGGAACGCGUGGGAGCUGCGAGGGGUGAGGUUGUCCUCGGCUGCAGUGCAGGUACUACUGACAACCAGCCAUUGGGAGCCAAUAUUAAAUCCUCUGUUGCCCUAAGCAGCAACUCUCCUCGGGAUGAAAAUGUUCCCCCGGCUGGUCGAAAGAGGACACAUUCAGAGUCUCUCCGUCUGCACUCACUGGCCGCUGAGGCCCUGGUAGCUAUGCCCAUGAGGACCCCCGAGCUCACCACCUCCAUCCCCAGGGUAAGCAUGAAGACCAUUACAGCCCAGGUACCGUGCCAAAGCACGGGCCAGAAACAGGUAGAAGUGACCGCAGCCGGGCAGAAGGCUUCAGACAUGGGGACGACAGCUGCUCUAUUGGACUUGGAGCUUCAUAGCAAGGCCAGGGAGGAGAAGUUGGGGCGCCUGGGCCUCGGGGAGGGGGACGAGGAGGGCCCCACCGCUAAAGCUGGCAUCAGCCUGUCGCUGCUCACCGUCAUCGAAAGACUCCGAGAGCGUUCGGACCAGAACGCCUCUGACGAGGACAUCUUAAAAGAGCUCCAGGACAACGCGCAGUUCCAAAGUGGAGCCGCGGCCGGUGUGGUCGCAGGCAACGGAGCUGGGAGCUACAUGUGCACCAUCCCGGGAAUGGAUGGGCUGGUCGCCUCCCCCGACGGCGGCCUGGUGGACUACCUCCCCGGCAGCGAAAGGCCGUACCGGUGCCGCCUGUGUCGCUACAGCAGCAGCAACAAGGGAUACAUCAAACACCACCUGCGGGUUCACAGGCAGCGGCAGCCGUAUCAGUGUCCCAUCUGUGAGCACAUUGCCUCGGACAGUGAGGACCUGGAGAGCCACAUGAUGCACCACUGCAAGACCAGGAUGUACCAGUGCAAGCAGUGCCCAGAUGCCUUCCACUAUAAGAGCCAGUUAAGGAACCACGAAAGGGAGCACCACAGCUUCAGCAGCGACACGGCCGCCCUCACAGCCGUCAACGAAGCAGCGGCCACGGUGGAGGAGGCCGAGCGGGUAACGGACGAAGAAUGUGCCAAGCAGAAGAUGUACAAGUGUGACGUAUGCGACUACACCAGUUCCACGUACGUCGGGGUGAGGAACCAUCGGCGGAUCCAUAACUCUGACAAGCCUUAUCGGUGCUGCAGCUGUGAUUUUGCCACCACCAACAUGAACAGUUUAAAGAGCCACAUGAGGAGGCACCCUCAGGAGCAUCAAGUGGUGCAGCUCCUGGAGCAGUACAGGUGCUCUCUGUGUGGAUACGUGUGCAGUCACCCGCCGUCACUCAAGUCCCACAUGUGGAAGCACGCCGGGGACCAGAACUACAACUACGAGCAAGUCAACCAGGCCAUCAACGAGGCCAUCUCCCAGAGCAGCCGAGCUCCCCAGAAGUUGUCCGCGGUGCCAGAGGCGGCGGCGGCGGAGCGCCCUGCGGUGGCACAACCCGCGAAGGACACAGUCAAGGCCCCGGUGGAACCAAUUCCGACACCCACGGCGGCAGCCGAUCUGGCGGUGGACAGCUCGACUGGCCCUGCCGCGCCCACCACAGACCCCCUGCAGUGGCCCGCGGAAUCCCCGAGCCCCCAGGGGAAUGAACCCGCACAGCUCCACUCUCAGUCCCCGAGCCAGCCCCGCGUAGGCCAGGCCGCCGUCCCGGGCCCGAGCAUGGAGUACUGCGUGCUCCUUUUCUGCUGCUGCAUCUGUGGCUACGAGUCCACCAGCAAGGAGCGGCUGAUGGAGCACAUGAAGGAGCACGAGGGCGACAUCAUCAGCAUCAUCCUCAACAAGGAGCAGCAGCAGCCGCAAGCAGAAGUGCAGCCAAGCCUCCAGACGGCAGAGUGAGACCUGUCCUUCUCUACCUUUCUCUAUAUGCACUCUGACCCUGUGCUCUCGCAGCGUUCUGCCGCCCACUAAACUGUUUCAUUAAUUUCCGAUACACAGUGGUUGUGGGUGGAUAUCAUGUCUACCGCACCCUCGCAGUAAACUGCCAUUUCUCAGCGCGCAGGCCGGUCGUGAGGGCUGCGGCGUCUUCUGUCCCGAUGCACAGGUGUCGAGAUAUAUGAUGAAAUGAUAUUCAGAGUGGCAUAUCCUUCAAAAGGAAUGUAAAAAAACAACAAAAAACCAGAACAAUGCUUGUGAGUCGUUUAAUAUUUGUAUCAAAUAAUUUGACAUGAGACACAAAAUGUGUCCGGGGGGGAAGCGAUUUUCAUUUGAAGGGACAAGCCCAGGCUCUAGCCCAAGUUAGAUUUAUUUUUUUUUUACUAUACAGGGACAAGUUCAUACCUCGAAAAAAAAAAACAAUCCCUCAGCAGGAACGGAGAGCAGAGAAAAAAACAGAUUCACACAUUUUCCAGUCUAAUUCAUAUACUGACUAUAAGGCAGCUCUUUUUAUCGCUACUGUAAUAUUUAAUGUAUUUAAUUGGACACAGCCGAGGCGCUUUAAAGGAGGUACACGUGCAAACUCACCAACGCCUAAAGGCACGCAUCACAGCUUUGACAUGAUUUCAUAUUGAUCAGGUUUUUAAUGCAUGUUAGUUUCCGUUAUACCAAUUUAAAGAGGCAGAAGUUUAUACUUUUUAUUAUUAUUAUUAUUAUUAUUAUUGUUAUUAUUAUUAUUUGUUCUCUGCAUUCUAUAUAUAUACAUUUUUUGUACGAACAAGUGUAAUUUUACCUGUUGGAUUGCUUGUUAAGUAUCGUCUGUAGAGGAGGAAGUAAACGUUCUCGUGGAGGUAGAUUAUUGAAAAGCAGAGCGGAGUCUCGUGGCGACAGGCGUGUGGUUUGGACACAAGGAAAGAUUUAAAAGGGACGUCGGCACACGUUAUAACUGUCUGGUGUGUCAGACACACCGGUUAUCACCUGGGAUUGUGUUGCUAGGCGACACUUAAAUGUGUCAUUGAAGGUAUAUUCUAUUUUUUUUUAGCCAUUGAAAUUUCUGUUGUAUAUAAUAACAUUCGUACGAUAACGUGUUUCUUUUGUUUGUUUUUCUCAGUGUACAACCUUUCACACUUAGCCUUUUUAGUGUCAAACGCGACUUGAAAUAACUGCUGUCCCGGCGGAAAAACGUAUAGGAAGACGUGGUUGUGACGAUAAAGUGUGGAAGUGUGUUUGAGGACAGCUCUCCCAAUGGCCGCUCACGCGACCGAUACAACCCUCUGCUCGGAAAAAUGGGAACAUCCACCGACAAAGGCUUUUUUGUGUCAACUGUGAUGGAUUUGUCACAUUUCACGCACGCACACACACACACACACACACACGAAUGGCAACAGAUGGCCUCUCUCUCAGCUAGCCUCCCAUAAGCAGACAAGGGAAACCACCAAAAUAUGUAACGCACUUUAACGUUGAUUCAUGUCAAACUAAUUGUGCCAUUCGUCCGAGACACAAAAGUGAAACAAAAAAGAGACCGCUGAUACUUAAGUGUCGAUAACCUCGGUACGACGGCGUAUUAGGGCCAUCGUAGGAAGAAAUAUAUAUAAUUAAGGAGCUGGGGGGAAGGGGGGUAAUAUCCAGAGAGAAAAAAAGAAAAUUUCUGACACUAAAGUGGUGAAUUUACGAGAAAAAAGUAGCUAAUUUAUGAGAGGAAAGGUAAGAAAAAUUUAGUUUUUUGUUUUUCGAGGAACUACUAUUUGUAUCAAACAAUGAAGCAGAUUAAAGCGUAUGUGUUUAAUACACGGCGUCACGACUGUAACUAACGAUUAUUUUCAUAAUCGAUUAAUCUGUCAAUUAUUUUCUGUUGUUUGGUCCAUAUAAUGGUGAAAAAUGUUGAUCGUGUUUCCCCAAACCCUGAGAUGGAUGUUUUGUCCACACAC